AGUCAUGUCUCACGGUCAAGGAAGAUACCAACCUGGACAGCAGUAUCCCCCCAAUAUGGGACACCAGAUGCCACAGCAACCAUACCAGCACCAUGCUCAGAUGGGUGAUCUCACAUAUGGCAUGAAAAAUAUGGGAGUAGGCCAACGACCUGGACCCGGUCAGCCGAAUAACAAUAUGCUCAUGCAGAACGUUUAUCAUCCCGCUGAUACAAACAGAGCUGCAGCAUUGAAUCAAGGGAAUCGUCCUGUCAGUCAGAUGGACUUCUUGCAGGCUCUGGGCGGAGGCUUCUCAGUUGGUCCCCGUGUUCCUACUGCUCAUGUGCACGGUGGCAGCAGUUCACCUGGACAAAACACCAUGGCUAGCGCCGUUGCGCCUCAGCGCCCGCCCAUCAUGCACCCUCGCAUGCCUGCUCAGCCCCCUCCUGCUCAGCGUGUAGCACCUCAGCACCAGUCCCCAAUCCAGCAAAUGCCCCACUCCCCGAUCCAGCAGAUGCCCCAACAACACAGCUCUACUAAUCUCUCUGUGGCUGCUUCCGAGUUUGUUCCUGGUUUCCGGAAACCUGAAAAGUCUAUAAUCAUGUAUACGCCUGAGGGCUUCAAGAAGAAAUCCAGAGCGGAUGAUGAAAUGGCGAUCAAUGAUGUAAAGAAGAAGUUGGUACAGCUGCAGAGGACACCCCAAGACGUGGAAACGGUUAUGGAGUCCGCUGUUGACACCAUCAAGAACUGGACUACUUCAGUCAACACUUAUCAUCAGAUAGUGGAGGACGUUUUCGAAUUUUCAGUGGAUGAAGAGAACCAUCCUAACUUCCAUAUCAUCGGGAGUAAAAUAAUAAGUUUCCUGACUCUGAAAGUGCAGCCCUACUCAGGUAACCCGCCCCUCACCUUCUUCGAUACAGUGGUUCACAAGUGUUGCAGGGAGUUUGAUAAUUGUAUGAGGCUGGAUCACAGGAUCCCCGCUGCGCAGGAGAGGAUCAAGAACAUUGCUCUCAUGAUCGCGGAGCUGUUCCACACUAUCAAAGAGGGUGAGUUAAGAGUGUUUCUAUUCGCGGAACAAGUGACAAGUCUCUGUCUUCUGCUCGUUCAAAUCCGGACUAUCCUCGCUUUUGAGACAGUCGCGAAGAUAUUUCUGGUGUGCGGAAAGAGUCUGAAAGCGCUGGUAGACGAGAUGAGGUUUAACUGUAUCAUGCAGCACCUCCAAGCCAGUACCAAGUUCGAGCUUGACGGUAAGACAAGGAGCAUGGUGGAGAACGUGCUGCUGCUAAACGAGGGAGGCUGGCAGAUAAGAGAGGAGGAGCAGGCUCCCAGUAACUCAAACACUAAGAGCUGGAGCGGGAGGGACGACUGUUGCCCUGUCAACAACGCUAGUGAGUGGGACGAUUAUGCUACUGAUGACUAUGACGAAGAGUGGCUCACUCAAAUGCUCAAAUUUGAGGAGGAAGAUGACUUCAGUGACGUUGAAGAGGACUUCAAGAGGUUUAUGGAGGAAGCGCAGCGGUACAAAAGCUAAUCUGCAAAAAAAGGGGAGUACACUUGAGAUGAAAUCUCUCGGGGGCUGACAGAGGCUUAAACAGUUUUGUAAAUAGUUGUACCUUCUUCGAUUUUCCAAAAAAAAAACCACGAAAGUUCAAAGUUUUGUUACGAGCAGUGUAUGAUUUUUUUUUCCCAAUUUCGGUCGUGAAACCGGUGUCCUCUUAAUUAUAUGGGAUUGGUUACAGAUUUAAUAAAUCCAAAAAAUGUCUGCUAUAUAAAAACUUUUAAAACCAAAAAUAUGUUUAACGAGGCUUAGCGCCAUAAUUUGUCCGUCCCAGAUCUCAAAGACUGAAUCAAUCCAGAGAAUGAUUGAGAUCUUUGUACGGGACUAUUUUACCGUUUAAUCAAAAAUACUUUUAAAUGAGACUUCUUAUGUUCACGUUAAAAUAAAUGAAACAGAAAUGUAUAAUUGAGUUUUGUUUGACC